CGCGCUCGGCUUCUUCUCAGUUUCAUUGACUUCAGUUGAAACUCAGCUGAACUUCACUUUUUUUUUAAUGUAGUUGUUCUUACCGCUUUAAUUGGACUUUUUCUCCGUUUCUCGCUCCGUCCACUUCACGCCGUCCCUCGUGCGUCUCGCGGGCUGUCAGGACGCCGGCGGCUCCUCCUCGUGCGCGGAGCAGCAACAGGAGGGUUCGGCGCUCACCGGGAUUCACCGGGAGGGAUUCACCGGGGACUUCUCCCACCAGCCGCGGCUCCUCCCGGCUCUCUGCGUCCGGAGCCGGAGCUCCCCUCCUCCGCCGGGACAUCCGCAGCGUGACCCGGGAUAUCUGCUGUCUGACCCGGGACGGCUCCCCGCGGACCGCCGCUGGAUGAACGCGGCGUUCGAGAGGCUGUCCUCAUCAUGCACCCUUCGGCUGUGUGCCUGAGUCUGCUCUGCAGCAGCGCGGUCCUGCUCCUGGUCCCCUCUGUGAUCAGCCCAGCUGCAGGAUACAACCUGGACCAGGACCACAGUCUGGAGUUCAGCGGCCCCUCCUCCUCCAUGUUUGGAUACUCCGUCCUGUUGCAUCGGCAUGGAGCUCAAAGCUGGUUGGUAGUUGGAGCUCCAGUUGCAAACUCGUCCACCAGUCCAUCAGCUCGGUCUCCAGGAGCCAUUUUUCGCUGCGGCAUCGCAGCUGAUUCAAGCCACUGCCACCACAUGCAUUCAGAGGUGCAGCAUUGUGGGAAGACGUGUGAAGCAGAGAGCGAUCACCAGUGGCUUGGCGUUAGUCUGUCCAGACAGCCUGGAGACAACGGAGGACACAUCCUGGCCUGUGCUCACCGCUGGAAGAACGUCUUCUAUUCAAGGAAGGACAGUCAGAACAACAAGCUGCCUAACGGGGUCUGUUAUCGCUACGGCAACGACCUGAGACAUCCCCAGCCCAUCAUCCCCUGCUACAGAGACUACCAGAGGAAGUUUGGGGAGGAUUAUGGAUCAUGUCAGGCUGGAAUUUCCAACUUCCUGACAGAGGACCUGAUCAUCAUGGGGGCUCCGGGGACGUCUUACUGGAUGGGAUCCGUCCUGGUCUACAACACGUCCAGCAGGAGGAUGUCGGUUUAUCUGGAUGACGAUGACACUGGAGUUGUCCGAUUUGGAAGCUACCUGGGUUACUCUGUCGGAGCCGGUCACUUCCUGAGCCCCACCUCUGUGGAGGUGUUGGGUGGAGCUCCACAGUACAACCAGAAGGGAAAGGUCUUCAUCUUCGUGGUAGAUGACACCAUGCUGCGGCCCGUCUCGGAAGUUUCUGGAACAGAGCUGGGAUCGUACUUCGGCUCCAGCGUGUGUGCGGUGGAUCUGAACGCUGACGGUCUGUCUGACCUGCUGGUCGGCGCUCCCAUGACGACGGGGACCACCAGAGAGGAGGGGAGAGUCCACGUGUACAUCAACCAGGGACAGGCGAAGCUGCAGGAGGCGGAGUUUCAGCUGACGGGCAGCGACGCCUACGCCGCCCGGUUUGGGGAGACCAUCGCUGACCUGGGAGACCUGGACGACGACGGGUACCCCGAUGUGGCUGUUGGAGCCCCACAGGAAGACGAUCUGAGAGGAGCCGUUUACAUCUACAACGGCAGGAAGGAGGGAAUCUCACCAACUCCAUCUCAGAGGAUUUCUGGCUCCUCCCUGGGUCGUGACUUCAGGAUGUUCGGCCAGUCACUGAGCUCCGGCGUCGACAUCGACGAUAAUGGCUACCAGGAUGUGGCGGUUGGUGCCUUCCUGUCGGACUCGGCCGUGGUCCUCAGGACCCGUCCAGUGAUUCAGGUGAAGGCGUCUCUGACGCUGCCUGAGUGGAUUGACCAGCGGGUGGCGCUGUGCAAAGAGCACAAGACCCCAACCGUCUGUUUCAACGUGACCGUCUGCUUCAGCGUCAAGUCCAGACAGUUCAAAGGCGCUAUAGACCUGCAGUACAAUUUGACCUCUGACCUCCUCCAUAAGCCGUCCUUCCCCCAUCGCUUUUAUUUUCACGGCAACGGGUCGUCCAACAGCACACGGGGACGCGUGAGAGCUCGACAGGGCAGCCUCACGUGCACAACGCACGUGGCUUAUCAGAGGAAGGACGUGAGGGACAUUUUCACUCCAGUACACUUUGAGGUUUCCUACAGUCUCGGAGAGACACACAGACAAAGAGCCUCCUCCAAGACCUUCCCGCCGCUGAGGCCCAUCCUGCAGCAGAGCGCCGGACUCCGCAACACCAUCGCCAACCAGACGUCGUUCGCCCGUUCCUGCUCUCUGGCGAACUGUUCCACCAACAUGCAGCUGUCCACUCAGCUGGUGCUGCCACACGAGCAGCAGUACUUCGCUCUGGGCUCUGGAGAGACCAUCACCUUGAAGACCUCGCUGCUGAACGCCGGAGACGACGCCUUCCUGCCGCGACUGACGCUGCGAUUCCCCAACAACAUCCACUACAUUAAAGUCCUGCAGAAUCAGGACAACGCCGUCAGCUGUGACGUGACGGAGGAAGUCAACUCUACAACAGUGACCGUGGACUGCGGCGUCACCAGCCUUCUCCUUCCAGCUCGCUCCCAGCUUAAUAUCAGCUUCCUCCUGGACGUGAGCCAGAACAGCACGCCUGCUGACGCCUUCAUCCACCUCAACACCAGCAGCGAUAACUAUGAGAGAGACGAUUACCUCCACGACAACUCCGUCAGCCUCCUCCUUCCUCUCAAAUAUGGAGUCAAUGUCAACAUCCAUGGUUUUGUGAGUCCCUCCUCUUUUGUGUUCGGAGACGAAGACACCAUCCCAGCUGACUGCUACCCUGAAAAAUUCAAUUACACAUACAAGGUGUUGAACUCUGGCCCCAGCAGGUCGGUCAACACUGUGGUGGAGAUCGCGCUGCCAAAGAUCCUGACGCCGUACAGGCACCGGCUGCUGCAGGUGGUCGACUGGCAGUCGACUCAGGGAGUCUGCUCCAUCAGCGACUCCACCGUGUCGGUCAUCGAGGACUGCGACGUCCCCCAGGCCUCCUUCAUCAAGCAGCUCGUCUUCUUCUUCUCCGCGUCUUCCACCCGCAGAAUGUUCUGCGGCCGCCGUGACGAGCUGUGCGAGCGGCUGCUGUGUCGCCUCGGCAACCUGGAGGCGACGAGAGACGCCACCAUCCAGCUGGAGGUCAGCCUGAACCCCGCCGUGCUGCUGCAGGCUCCGGGUCGUCAUGGCGUCAUGCGGCUGGAAAGCACGGCGCUGAUGUCUUCUCCCACAGCGGAUCCACACACCAUCCUCAUCCAGGACCAGCCCCUCACACAGGUGUUGGUGGAAGCCGUUUUUACCCAGAAGCCCUCAACAGCGGUGAAGAUCUUCAUCAUCGUGGUCAGUUUGGUUUUGGGACUGAUGAUCCUCGCUGCGCUCAUCUGGUGUUUGUGGAAGGCUGGUUUCUUCAAGAGAGACUUCCAGAAGAAGGAGGAGGAGUUCAACAGAGACAGCUGGGAUUACGUUCCGAAACUCGAUAAAAGAGAGAGCACGUCCUAACCCUGACAUUGACCCCUGACCUGAGGGCGGAGUUCACGCCGGAGCCGUGCAGCGGCGCUCGCGAGACGCUGGAUGCUGUCGCUCUUUAACGUCACCCCUGUUCCACGCCGCGGGUCUGACGGGGGUUUCAAACUGUUCGGCCUGCUGUGGCCUCAGACUGCUGCAGCAGCGAAGGAGCAUCACUGACAAGGGAGGUGGACCUGAAGAGGUCACAUCUGGACCAAUCACAAGCUCUCCUGGGAUGUGACGCCUUCAGCGAGGAGGGUUUCCAUUUUGACUCUUUUGGGUUUUUUUUUUUUUUUUUAAGGAUGGAACAAACCAAAGAAAGUGACUUUGUGGUUUUCUCAGGGGAUGGAUACCUGGCCUCUGAUUGGCUCAUACGUCUGGGAAACCUUUUGAUCACACACACACACACACACACACACAGAGGAGAACUCACUGGCUUCUUGGUGCUCGUCUCCCUCGCUGGAUGUCAUCCAGACAGGAGAGUGACGAAACUCAGCGAAGCUUCUGUUGUCUGACGGUCUGUGAACGCAUCUUAAACUGAGCGCCAUCGCCACGUUCCUGCUGCUUGCUUUGAGCUUCAGCUCUUAAAUGUCCACACAGCAACAUUUAAACUUUGUCUAAAUCCUCGUGAUCGGCUCAUUUCAAAAAAGAACAAACGUUCUGUUCAAACUUCAGGGCAACGCAGAGCCAGUUUGGCUUCACGCUGGUCACAGGGUUACUUACAUCCUGCCUCAGAUUCAGGAAGAUAUUACGGGAAUGAUAGUUUUAGUAACAAUGCACUUGUAAGAUAAAAGAAGAAAACAUUUUUUCCUCCAUAGACUAUAAUUUUGUAGUUCUAACUUUACAAUAGAAAACAUUUCACAAGACAGUUCACACCAGUGGAAUGGGAAGGUUUCCAAAUCUGAGACAUUUAAGGACAUACAAACAAAACUUGAAUCUUCUGAACUAAGUUUUCAUGAAUCAUGUUUACUGAGUCAGUCAGGUCUUCAUGGGAUGUAAUGUUCUACAUAUUUAUUUACUCUCCCAGAACCAACAUCCCAGACAGUCUCGUCAAGUUUUCAACCACUCUCUUUGUGAUUUGUAUUUUUCUCACCUGCUUAGAAAAAGAAGCUGAGAGAAAAGUCGUUAAUUCUUCUUCAUCGUCAUUCUUUUCCUCCUGAAGUCUGAUUUUUAAACAAGAAAUGGAAUAACAAGUGUGUGUGUUCCAUCACCCUCUGAGGAGCAGACAUGAUGUGCCUUUAACACGACUGUACGUGUUGGAGAUUUAACUUCUUGUUUUUAAAGAUAGUACUGAAAGAUUUCAAGAAGCAGCAGAGUGAAAGUUCAUGAAAAGGUUUCACAAAGGAAAUGACAGAUCGAGCGACCGGGGUGAUUCACAGACGACUUCUUGGAACCAGCAUUUAAAAAUCAUAAUGAAUUAUUGGAAGUGUUGGUUUAACUGUAUGUGGACGGAAACGGCUGGAGCAGCUGCCGUUCUCCCCUCUGCUCUUUCAGAACAAAAGCACAUCACACUGAGACAAGUGUUUCAAAUAUGUUAAUUCAUGACGUUGUUGUUGUUGUUUAUGUGAAGUGGUUCUGCACUGGAGAGUCUCACUGCUUUAUCGACACUUUUCUAUUAAAAUAAAAAGAUUUUCUAUUU